AUGGAGGCGCUCCCAGUUACUUCAUACAUCAGCACACAGUCUUGGACUGAACAUGAUGUUGACAAAGAGGGAAACAGACACUCAUCAAAUUACCAGCGUUCCCCAAUCGGCACUUUUGUCGACGCCGAGCCGGAUGAGAAUCUAGAAGUCUGGCCAGAGACCGGUCGUCCUGGGCCGGAAGUAACGGCUUACAUCGUGACGGUCUUGGAAUACGACCCCAAAGAAAAGAAACUCUCUCGACAAACUGCUACUGUGACGCGUGCCCAGGAAAUGUAUGGCACUUUAGAGGACAGUAUCAGGGCACUUGAGGCUGCCAAUGAAAUAGAUGAAGAGAUGUGGAAGAUGCUUGGCGAGUCCCAACAGGAGGGAUGGCUUGCUACAUGUUUGACAGAGGGCAACACGGAGGCGUUAUGGAAAAACUAUGAGUCAGAGCAAGACUGUUUCGAUGCCAUCGAGCCUGCAAAGGGGAUGGAUGACUCUAUCCGAUCUGGGCUGGGUGAUUCAGAAAGGGACAAGGAUGGCUGGCUUGCUACGUGCUUCAAGGAGGAAAAUGCGGAAGCGUUGAGGAGUAAGCAAGAUGAGCUUUUUGAGGAAUUGAAGGGCGAGCCUCAAAAGACUUUCUCUCCAGAGGGACUCUCCGCGGCACUUGAUGCGGUCAAGGAGGCGUCGCUUACUUCUACCCCUGCACCUGCUCUCUCUCAAGACGGCGACAUCAUCGUGAUCGACAGUGAUGACGACGCGCCGCCCAAGGAGAAGAAGGCCAAGGCAACUAGGAAGUCCAAGUCCAAGGGGUCCGGAUACGACGAUGUUGACACUGUCUUCACUCGUACGGAGGAGCGCGAUGAGGAUGGGAGGCUGGUCAAGAUAUCAGUGUGCUCUGUUUGCUCCAAGCCCAACAAACCCCGUGUACUUCGCGGUGAUCUUUCCUCCCUCCGAGCUCAUAUCAUGACCUCCAAGGAUCACUUAUUGAAGUAUAAGGAGGGCUGCGAAAAUGAGAACAUCGAUAUGGCUACAAGGGUCGCUAAAAGGGUUGAAGUUGACUACCUUGGCAUGGGCCUGGAGGCGCUGUAG